UGGCCAUCUCAACUUUAGGCUCUCUGGUGAAGCUUACCGUUGCCAAAUCUCGCGAUAGCCGCCUCCCUGAUCACUACGUAAUGUGCCGUGCUGCUUCUAGCGGCGCUGGUGACAGUGCUGAAAGCUGUUGGGUAUGAAGUGAAACAGAACAGAAUUUUUGUACCAUCCGCAACUGCUUCAAGUUCAGAUCACAACAAAGAAACUGAAGAUAAACCUCCCAAAACAAAGUUGCAACACUGAAGACACGUGGCGAAAAAAGGAUCACUUCAAGGAUUUAAAACACAAGAAGUAACCAAAUCCUGAAACGACCAAAGAAUACGCACAUCAGCCCAACAGAAACGUAGAAAAGAAGCAAUCCUGUGCCCAAGUAUAUUCUAAAAAAAUACAAUAACUGAUCUGAAACCAGAAGUUUGUGCCUACUCAACAGCUUUGACAAAGCACACGUCCCAACGCUGCUCCUUGCCCUCCUCAUCCUCACUACACCGCCGACUCACCACCGGGGUGUGGAGUGGGCUGCUAUCUGCUAGUUUUUCCCCCCAUAGUUCCCCCAUUCCCCCCUCUUCUCUUCCCUCUGUUUUCAUUGUAUUUUUUUCUGAGCAGUGUUAUUGCACCUGCGUUUGCCUUUUUUGCGCUCGAUUUCUCCCCCUUUUUUACUUUAUACAAACAUCUAGAACUUGUGCCAGAAAUCUGUAACAAGUGUGUGUGUUCAACUGUGUGCGUGAAGAGGUCUGCAGAAAUUGCAAAGCCAUCAAGAUCCUGAGAAAUACAAGAUACAAGACGACAAAUAAAGACAUCCAGCGGUGUAUCAUUGGGUGGUUAUAUAAGAAUAGUACUUAACAGACAAGCAAAAACAUUCAGACAAGUAAUCAAGUUCAGCAAGUGCUCAAGCAAGUUUGGUCCGAGUUUAUGGGAAAAUAUGGGCAGCCCCUGGAAAGGCUUUGUUGAGUUUACCUUGCCUGCGUCGCCACCCACCGCGUUUGUUAGCGCUGACCUGAGCAGCACCUCCCCUGUCGGACUCAGCCUGUCGCCAUAUGGCCGAUCCAUGAGUUUUGACCCAGGAAUGCUCCAUAACAAUGGGCACACUGCGUACGCCAAUGGCUCAGGACCUGGCAUUAGAGAGACUGGUGUUGUGGAGAAGCUCUUAACUUCCUACGGGUUCAUCCAGUGCUCCGAACGUCAGGCUCGCCUCUUCUUCCACUGCUCCCAGUACAAUGGCAACUUGCAGGAGCUUAAAAUAGGAGAUGAUGUAGAGUUUGAGGUGUCCUCUGACAGGCGCACUGGCAAGCCCAUAGCAGUGAAGCUGCUAAAGAUAAAGCCAGAGGUGCUGCCAGAGGAACGGAUCUCGGGCCAGGUGGGGCCAGACCUGCACGCCUAUCCCUUUACUGUGCUGCAUGGUUAUAUUCAUCCAGUUGUCUCCUCUAUCCCAUUGCACUUGGAUGGAAAGUCUGCACCUGGCCAGGUUCCUACUGGCAGUGUUUGUUAUGAGAGAAAUGGGGAAGUCUUCUACCUUACCUAUACUCCUGAUGAUGUGGAGGGUAAUAUCCACUUGGACACGGGUGACAAAGUCAGCUUUUAUAUGGAGACCAACAAGCAUACUGGUGCAGUCAGUGCUCGUAAUAUUCAGCUUGUGAAGAAAAAGCAGAUGAGAUGCCAGGGCGUGGUGUGUGCUACAAAGGAGGCCUUUGGUUUUAUUGAGAGGGCAGAUGUCGUGAAGGAGAUAUUUUUUCACUACAGUGAGUUCAAGGGUGAUCUGGAAGCUCUUCAGGCUGGAGACGAUGUCGAGUUCACCAUCAAAGACAGAAAUGGUAAAGAGGUGGCUACAGAUGUGAGGCUGCUCCCCCAAGGAACAGUCAUUUUUGAAGAUAUCAGCAUUGAGCAGUUUGAAGGCACUGUUGUCAAAGUCAUUCCAAAGGUUCCCACCAAAAACCAGAAUGACGCUCUACCAGGUCGCAUCAGUGCAAGGAUUGGUUUCACUGACAAGGAGCUGCCGUUUGGUGAGAAGGACACAAAGUCUAAGGUGACCCUUCUGGAGGGAGACCACAUACAGUUCAACAUCUCCACUGAUCGCAGAGACAAACUGGAGAGGGCUACCAACAUUGAUAUCCUCCCAGACACCUUCAACUUCACCAAGGAGACACGUGAAAUGGGGGUGAUUGCAGCUAUACGUGAUGGCUUUGGCUUCAUUAAGUGUGUCGAUCGGGAUGCCAGGAUGUUCUUUCACUUCAGUGAAGUCCUGGAGGAGAGUCAGUUGCAUAUCUCAGAUGAAGUGGAAUUCACUGUUGUGCCUGAUAUGCUGUCAGCUCAGAGGAACCAUGCAGUGCGCAUCAAAAAACUUCCCAAAGGCACUGUGUCCUUCCAUACUCAGUCUGAGCAGCGUUUUAUGGGCGUGGUGGAGAAGGACGCGCUUACUGCCACCAAGAAUGCCAGUCCUACCAAGAGCAAGGAGAAGGGUAAAGUUGUAGACAAGGAAGCUGAGGAAGGAGUGAUUGCGUAUGAAGACUGUGGAGUGAAGCUCACUGUGCCAUACCAUACCAAGGACCUGGAGGGAGGAGGUCACCCACAAGUUGGAGACAAGGUGGAGUUCUCAAUCAAUGAAGUGAAGCGAACUGGCCAGCAGAGUGCUGUCUCUAUCCGGGUUCUCAACCGUAAUGCCUCCAAUGCCAAGAGACUGCACGGAUUUGUUGCCACACUGAAGGACAACUUUGGCUUCAUUGAGACAGCAAAUCACGAUCAGGAGAUUUUCUUUCAUUACAGUGAAAUGUGUGGAGACUUGGAGAACUUAGAGUUGGGUGACACAGUAGAAUACACUCUCUCUAAGGGAAAAGGAAACAAAGUCAGCGCUGAAAAGGUUACCAAGGUGGCUGCUGUUAAUGGCAUUGGUGAAGAUAUUAGUGCAUCAGUGAUGAUGGGGAAAGUCAUCCGUCCCUUACGCAGUGUGGACCCCUCCCAGACAGAAUACCAAGGACUUAUUGAAGUCACAGAGGAAGGAGGAACGAAAGGGCAGAAUUAUCCGUUUGGAAUCAUGGGUAUGGCCAGCAAAGGAGAUUGUCUGCAGAAAGGAGAGCUUGUAAAGUUCCAGGUGUGCACAGUAGCCCAGACGGGACAGAAGAUGGCCUGUAAUGUGCUCCCUCAGCGUAGAGCCAUGGUGGAGUGCGUCAAAGACCAGUUUGGCUUCAUCACAUAUGAAGUUGGUGAGAGCAAGAAGCUGUUCUUCCAUGUCAAAGAAGUGCAGGAUGGCCUGGAGCUCCAGACCGGGGAUGAGGUGGAGUUCUCAGUCGUUCUCAAUCAACGCACAGGAAAAUGUAGUGCCUGCAAUGUACGCAGAGUCAGUGAGGGGCCUAAACCAGUGGUGACGCCACGUCCUGAUCGUCUGGUGAACCGACUGAAGAGUAUCACCCUUGAUGAUGCCAGUGCUCCCCGCCUAGUCAUUGUAAGACAGCCCCGUGGUCCUGACAAUUCAAAGGGCUUCAAUGUGGAGCGCAAAACUCGCCAGCCUGGUGUAAUUGACUGAACAAUACAGAGCUUGCCUCAUUUGGAGUUGGUGGGAUGAUGUCCCAAGAGGCAACAGCAGGGGAUAAGGGAAUUUGAUUCGACACAUGCUUGUACACAAACUCAUCCACAAAACAUACGCACACAUACAGUAAUCAGCAUGUGUAAUCUUUGUCCCCAUCGAUACCUGCGAGGGAACUUUUCUUAUUCCACAGUUCUCUGCCUCCCAUGUAUGAUGUACUUGAUACAGAGUUCCACCCUGCAGUGUACAUGGGAUCUCUGAGUGUGUGAUGUAUCCUAGAAGUGAUUAGUGUGUAAUGGAGGUAUUUGUUUCUGAGGGCCUGGUCCCUCUAAAUCAGAGUGAUGACUGUGUGGCUGUCUGUGUCCUGAUCUUUUGAAUCUGCUUUGUCUGGAAUUCUGCACCUGUAAUCUGUCCAGUAGUUUGACUGGGUGAAUGAGUGACUGUUGGCAUGUCUUUGAACCUCUGCUCCAUUUUUGUUCCUUGUACUUUUGCUCCUUUACCCAUGGAAACUUAAACAAUUUCUUUAUCAAGUUUCCUCUACUGUAUGCUUUCCUACAAAACGCAUAAAGCAAAGCAAAGUUCCCUCCAUAAGGAGGAUCAUAUUUCUCAUAUGUGCGAGCUUAAACGGAGGAUUCUUCUCUGCUCGGUUUUUUGAGCAGUUUUUAAAAUGCUUUAUUGAAGAGCUGAAGUGAAAGCAUGGUGUGUGUGCGUGUGUAUGAGAUGUAUGUGAAUGUCAAAGUCGUUAAUCUAAUAGGGUUCACUUUUAUCAAUCUGGAGCCUUUAGAUACCUUUUUGGUAUUCACAUGCUCCACUUAAGCAAUUUUUCCCAGGUGCAGAAUUCCUUGUGGCAUCUUAUAUCUGCAGUUCUUUUAUACUAUUUUUUUUCUUGCACAUAUUUUUGCUUUUUUUUUUUUCAUUGAAACUCAAAUGCUAAUAUUGAAUUCAGUAAGGAUAAGGUGCCUAAAAAACUACAAGCAAAAUGAGAAAAAAAAAUAAAUUAAAAAAACAAUAAAAAUUAGAAGUAUCCUCUGUUCCCAGCCAACCGCCAAAAUAUUCAGAACAAUCUUAGGGUGGCUUUCUUUUCUAGUAGGAAUAAUACUGAUAUGCAUCCCAAAUCUGUGGGUUGAACUAUACUGUAUGUAAUGUGUGCUUUUUUUUUUUUCUUAGUGAAAGUUCAAACUUCAGAUAUAAUGAAAUAAAUUUAACUUAAAGAAAGAGAAGGUUCAAGUAUUAGAAAUUCAGUUUUAAAAACAUUAAGAAUCAGGAUAUCAGUUAUUGUGCUCUGGAGACAAAGUGGGUGAGCCUCUGCACAUUCAGUUACAAAGUUAAUUUCUUUGGAGAUCACUGGGUUUCAGUUGAACCACGUACAGAGGUUCUCAUGUACUUUUGUUAAUGGUCUUGAAUGAAACAAUAAAGUUAUAUGAAAAUCAUGA